AUGGACAAGGUCAUCCACAACGCCAACACAGAGAUAACGGCACUACAAAACAAGUUGACAGGUCGGUCCAACCAGUCAGGUCCUCGAAUUCGACUAAACACAGCUCCAGACAUGCAAUCAGCGCAAGAAGACCUCCAACGGAAGAAUCAAGAACUCAACGAUCUAUACCGCGAUAAGCACAAUAAACUCGCCCAAAUGACAAACCUAUAUAACCUUCUCAAAGCCCGGGCGAUGCGAUCCCGAAUGCAGACCGCAGCCUCAGACACCGUCUCCCAAGCUCUCUCAUCGCUUCACGCCCCUCCCUCUGUGCCAGUCCCUCUCUCUGAUAUCUCAGCGAAACCCGCAUCAGCAACACGGCACCCAAAGACUCCCACAUUCCCUGUGAACACAGAUGGAGUUGAACAGCUUCAUCGGCACCAGAGAAGCGGCACUGGCAGUUCCAAAAGAGCGAAGACAAAUACACCUGGUGAAGCCGCAAUGCCGCCCCCUGCUCGGCCAAACUGGAAUGGACGGAACGCUGGAGGCAAAGUUGCAAAGCCUGCUCCACAACACCGUACUAGGUUACCAAAUAUAUCUCGGGCACCGACUGGAUCAUCUGAGUUCCCGCCUGUCGACGCUAUGACGCAGCGUUUUGGGACUUGA